AAUAGAUUCUAUCACUGGUUAGUAAUGGUUUUAACAAACAUAUCAGAUUAUCAGAAAUUGAGACGAUGAAUAGCGGUAUAAUUUAUUAAAUCAAAUUGUAAAAUCUACAAAGCUUAUAAAAGGAUAAUCAAGACAUAGCUGAAUUCCAAAAAACAACAGUUCUACGAGCAUAUCUUGCCAGGCAAAAAGUUGCGAAUCAAAGGACGAUAGAUUAUAAAAAUAAUAAAAUUUCAGUUACCGAUGACCCAGCAUUGAUUUUUUCCAAAAAAAAGCAAGCCAAUUCCUUUUCAAAAUAGCAAACUUACGGGAAAUCCUAUAAAAGCAUUGCAGAAGAGGAAAAACGCUUUACGAUAUUCAAGGAAAACGUCGAACAUAUCGCCAAGCAUCAUGAGAAAUACAAAAAUGGAGAAAGCACGUUUACCAUGGAGAUCAACGAGUUUGCAGAUAUGACUGAUGGGGAAUACAAUGCUUUAUUCACAUUUCAACCUAUAGGAAGUUUUAAGGAUGAAUACGGAUUGAAAAACGUCGCAAAUGUUCGUAAUCUCCCGACAUCAGUAGAUUGGAGGAAGAAGGGAGCUGUUAGCGAACUUGUUAGGAGCACUGGCGGUUGCGGAGCUAGCUGGGCUUUCAGUGCUACAGCCGCCGUUGAAGCUCAGUUGUACAUCAAAAAGGGCAAUCUAACACUUCUGAGCCCCCAGGACCUGAUCGAUUGCGCCAAUGCUACAUUCGGCAACCAUGGAUGUUACGAGGGGUCCGCUAUAAAUGCAUUCAACUACAUCAGAAGAUUCGGCAUUGUCUCUGAAAAACAGUAUGGGUACGAAGCACGGCAAGGUGCUUGUCGCCAGAGAGGUGUUGGUGUGCGGAUAUCCGGCUUCACCAAAAUUCCAUCUUACGAUGAACAGUCAUUGCUUAUUGCAGCUGCCACAAUUGGACCAGUAUCGGUAGCCAUCGAUGCCUCAUCCCUCAAGUUCUACAGAUCAGGGAUCAUCGAUAACUACUCGGGCUGUCGUUCGGAGUUUCGCUAUCUGAACUUUGAAGCAAUCAUUGUAGCGUACGACGCAGACAGCUGGACUUUGAAGAACUGUUGGGGACCGUACUGGGGCGAAAACGGAUACUUCAGGCUACAGAGGAACACGAAUACUUGCGGAGUAGCUCUUCGAGCAGCUUAUCCUGUGCUCUAAAGCACAUUGUUAACGUCAAGUGUAUAUCUGCAACUUUGUAACAGUCGGGUUUCGUUUCUGUAUUUUUUAUAUACCAUAUUUUUCUUUGUAGGCUGAACAUAUUCAUCGCAAUAAUGCAAUUUUGCAUCAUUUUAGUGAUGAAAAUAGAUCGUUCAGUAGUAA